AUGUCUGACGACGUUAUCGCCCGACUUUUCAAUCAUUUCGACAACAAUACCAACAUCAACGGCAACAACAACAAUAACAACACGAACAAUGCAUAUAGCAAUGUCAAUAACAAAUUAUCUGCUUUGCAAACAAAUACGUACCUUCCCCUCCCCAAUGGCCAUGGAUGGACAUCACCUGUUCCGAGUAGACUCAGUUCCCGACAACAAAUGAACAUGGAGGUUUUAAAACGAAAAGACAAGUAUAUUAAUACGAUCCACACUGUAUACGAUCAUGUAGUGUUAUACAAAUACAACAAAUCGGAAUGGGAAAAACUUGAUGUGGAAGGCGCCAUGUUUAUUGUCGAAAGAACCGAACCCAAGUCUCCUAAAUAUCGAAUUGUAGUAAUGAAUAGAAAGAGUGCUACUGAUUUUCAUCAAGAUAUCACCAAAGAUUUAGAGCUAGAAGUACACCAUCCCUUUGUAUUUUACAAGACGAAAAACAUGAUUCGCGGAAUAUGGUUCUACAAACCUUUACAGUGUAUUGAAUUUAAUGAUUUAAUUGUUUCUUUUAAAGAGAAAGCAUAUGGAAAGACCAAAGAAAACAAAUCCACAAGCUCGCCUCCCGUGUUGCACACAUCAAUUUCGCCAAGCGACGGUGCAGCUUCUAGUAUUCUAAAAAGUAUGCUAGGAAUUGGUAUCAAUGGAUCAUCAUCAACUCAUAACCACCAUCAACUUCAAUCGGAUUUUACUCUCGAUCACUCCUCAUCGGCUACAUUUAUUUAUAAAAACCCUCAAGGUCAAGCACACGAUGAACAUGCAACAAACCUCGCCCAAAGCGCAGCCAAACGUUUUGAAAACCAACAAUUUGAGUCAAAAGAAAGCUUUAUCAGCAAUCUCCUUUUUGUUCUUGCCGAAGACGAAAAGUUUCAGGAUCUUUGCUAUGAACAGUAUUGCAAAAUACACAAUAAAGCUCAACAGAAGCAACGCUGA